ACGAAAUCACGUAUAUAUAGAGAGAAAGAGAGAACUCAGAGAGAGAAGGAUUCCUGAUCGGAGUUCCAGAUACGGCUCCAACCCUAUUACGCGGUAAUUGAAAACCUUCAGAUCUGAAAUUUCUGGGCAAAUAAUCCGGAGAGAAAGAUGGGAGAUUACCAUUUUAUAUACAAAGACUUGGAAGGAGCAACAACAGAGUGGGAUGACCUUCAAAGGAAGCAUGGAAACCUUCCUGCUAAGCCUCCAACAUUCAAGCCCCCUGCUUUUGUGCCAACUGAGGAUGAGGAAUCCAAGCCCAAAAACAAAUCCUGGAUGGAUGGAAAAACUGAAGAAGAGCUUGAAGAUCUAGAAGACGAUGCUGAUCUUGAUGAUGAUCGCUUCCUUCAAGAUUAUCGUAAGAAAAGAUUGGAAGAGAUGAGGAAGUUGGCGAAAGUUCAGAAAUAUGGAUCAGUGAUUCCCAUUUCAGGCUCAGACUUUGUCCGGGAAGUUUCUCAAGCUUCACCAGAUGUUUGGGUUGUUGUAAACUUGUACAAGGAUGGAUAUCAAGAUUGUGGCGUUCUCAUGGGAUGCCUAGAAGAACUGGCAUCUAGAUACCCAUCAACAAAAUUCAUCAAGAUAAUAUCUACUGACUGCAUCCCUAACUAUCCUGAUCAAAAUCUUCCAACUCUUUUGGUGUAUAAUAAUGGAGCAGUCAAGGCAAACUAUGUCGGUUUGCGUAGUUUUGGACGACGCUGUACUGCUGAAGGUGUUGCUUUGGUUCUUUGUCAGUCUGAUCCUGUACUAAAUGAUGGCACAACUGGAAGUGAUUCAUCUAGGGAAGCUGUACUUGGUCGAGUUAGGCAACAACUUGUUGAGAAAGUUGUGACAGAGCACGAACGCAAUGACAGUGAUGAUGGAUCUUUUAGUGAUUAGUAUAGCUCAUAUUUUAUGAAUUUUGUUUGAGCAUGUUUUCCUCUUUCAAACAAGAUCAAAUGUUUUUUUUAAGGUUUGCAUAUUUGUGUUGUUGGACAUGAAAUACCUUUAUUAUGUGUUUGUUUGUUUGUGCUCUACAUUAUUAUUGAUGUCUUUGAUUGUAAACAAGCUAUGCAAAGGAGGUGUUGAGACUCUUUCGAUUUUACUACUAAAUUAUUGGCUU